AUGAACUCAUCCCUCACACUUGCUCCCCAUGGUUUUCAGGGUGUUGGGUCCAAUGUUGGGUCCAACGCUGUUUACCGCCCGAAAGGCCCAUGUACCAACUGUCGCAUCUCAAAACGAAAGUGCGACCAUGGCACUCCUUGCCUCCAUUGCGUCAAAGGGAACCGUGCAGAGUCGUGCUUCUACCCCCCGCCUGGUGUCAAGGCUAUGAAAUGCGAAAGCUGCAAUGGUCACGGGUCCAUAUGGCCGCAAUGGGCGCAAGAGGUGUCCUCUGGACUUAUUCCGGUGCAACAAAUGGCGCACCCAUCCUAUGCCGGUCAAACCGACGGAGCGACGAUACAUCUUGGGGAAUCCACUCAUGAGCCGACCACUAGCUUUGUGAACAGUCCAGGCUGGAGUCAGACGUACACGGCCCCCUCGCAGAUCUACGGCAACCAACAGUGGGUCUCCCAGGGAUCCUCCGUGGACUCUGACGGUUACGCGGGCUAUGGAGUAUACGGCACUCAGGCUACCGGGGCUGGGUAUAUCGCCGAGUACCUCGGCGGGAACGCGAUCGCCUCGACUGGAUACUACACAGGUCAGGAUGGAAUAGAGGAGUCGAACCGCGACAUCACGUCAUGGGUGCUCGCGCCUGGCCAAUCGUCACAGUGGGACGUGUACCAGCUUGACCCGUGCAAGAACGGUCAGGGAAUGUAG